AUGAUGCAUCGUGCUGGCUUCCGCACACUGAAAACAACAAUGGCUCACCUCCAGACUCGCUCCCUCUCCUCUGCUGCCUCCGGGUCGCAGCCCAGGCAUCUCAUGUCCAUCGGCGACCUCACCCCAGCUGAGUUCACCAGACUAGUCCUCAACGCCUCCUCUCACAAAAAGGCCGUCAAAGAUGCCUUCGCCGCCGGCCAGACACCACCAAAGCCCCUCCACGGCGCCAUGACAGGCAAGACCGUCGCCAUGAUGUUCUCCAAGCGCAGCACCAGAACCCGCGUAUCAACAGAAGCCGCCGUCCAGCUCAUGGGCGGCCACCCAAUGUUCCUAGGCAAGGAUGACAUCCAGCUCGGCGUCAACGAAUCCCUCCACGACACCUCAGUAGUAAUCUCCUCCAUGACCUCCUGCAUGGUCGCCCGCGUAGGCCCUCACUCAGACGUGACCGGCCUAGCAGCCUCCUCCUCGGUCCCCGUAAUCAACGCCCUCUCCUCCGACUUCCACCCCCUUCAAACCAUCGCCGACUUCCAAACCAUCCACGAGUCCCUCUCCUCCACCCCCUCCUCCUCCUCCCUCGGCCUCGAAGGUCUCAAAAUCGCCUGGGUAGGCGACAGCAACAACGUCCUCUUCGACCUCGCCAUCGCCUCGGUCAAAAUGGGCGUCCACAUCUCCGUCGCCUCCCCGACCGGCUACGGCAUCCCCCCCAACAUCAAAUCCAUCAUCGUCUCCGCCGCCCAAGGCGUCCCCAACCCAGGCACCUUGACCGAAACAACCAUCCCCGAAGAGGCGAUCAAGGACGCGGAUAUCUUGGUCACGGACACGUGGGUGAGCAUGGGGCAGGAGGAGGAGGCGAAGAAGAGGUUGGAGGCGUUCAGGGGGUACCAAAUCACCCAUGAGCUCGCCAAGCGCGGGGGGGCGAAGCCGAACUGGAAGUUUAUGCACUGUUUGCCUAGGCAUCCCGAGGAGGUGGACGAUGCUGUUUUUUAUGACGAGAGCAGGAGUUUGGUGUUUCCAGAGGCCGAGAAUAGGCUUUGGGCUGCGGUUGCUGCCCUCGAGGCGUUUGUGGUCAACAAGGGCAAGAUUCUCUGA